CGCUUGUUUAACGCAGGCUCAACAGCGUUGGAAACUUCAAAUUUUUACAGAAGCCACACGUGCUUGUGUAAAAUUGUACAAAAAUGGUCUCCCUCAACCCAGUUCAGAUUCUUAACCAAGGUGCCGAAGAGGAAAGAGCCGAAACAGCUCGUCUUUCGUCAUUUGUUGGUGCUAUAGCUAUUGGAGAUCUCGUCAAGAGCACUCUUGGUCCGAAAGGAAUGGACAAAAUUCUACAGUCGUUUAGCAAGGCUGAAGAAAUUCAGGUUACAAAUGACGGAGCAACAAUCCUAAAAUCCAUUGGAGUUGAUAAUCCAGCUGCAAAAAUUCUUGUGGAGUUAUCAAAAGUUCAAGACAAUGAAGUUGGGGAUGGCACAACAAGUGUGACAGUACUAGCUUGUGAAUUGCUGCGGGAGGCUGAAAAACUUGUGUCAUGUAAAGUACAUCCCCAGAUUAUUGUGUCUGGUUGGCGGAAAGCUGUACAAGUUGCUCAGAAGGCCUUGGAGGCUGCAGCUGUUGAUCACAGCAGUGAUGAGCAAAAAUUUAAAGAGGACUUGUUGAAUAUUGCAAGAACAACACUUAGCUCAAAAAUUUUGGUGCAACAUCGAGAUCAUUUUGCAACUCUUGCUGUUGAGGCAGUGUUAAGACUUAAGGGCAGUGGAAACUUGGAUGCCAUUCAGAUCAUCAAAAAACUUGGUGGAAACCUGGUUGACUCAUACUUGGAUGAAGGAUUUUUGCUUGACAAGAAGAUUGGUGUAAAUCAACCAAAAAGAAUAGAAAAUGCAAAGAUCCUCAUUGCAAACACUUCAAUGGAUGCAGAUAAAAUCAAGGUAUUUGGUUCCCGAGUGAGGGUAGAAUCAACUGCAAAGCUAGAAGAACUAGAGCUUGCAGAAAAGCAUAAGAUGAAAGAAAAAGUGGACAUGAUUCUUAAGCACGAUAUUUCUUGUUUUAUUAAUAGACAACUUAUCUAUAACUAUCCAGAGCAGUUAUUUGCUGAUGCUGGUGUCAUGGCAAUUGAACAUGCUGAUUUUGAAGGUGUUGAGAGAUUAGCUUUGGUAUUAGGUGGAGAAAUUGUAUCAACAUUUGGCCGUCCAGAGCUUGUGAAACUUGGGGAAUGUAAAGUGAUUGAAGAGGUUAUGAUCGGUGAAGACCAGUUGCUUCAUUUUUCUGGCUGUAAGCUUAAUGAGGCCUGCACCAUAGUAAUCAGAGGUGCCACACAGCAGAUCCUGGAUGAAGCAGAUCGGUCACUUCAUGAUGCACUGUGUGUUCUCACUCAAACUGUCAAGGAAACAAGAACAGUGUGUGGAGGAGGUGCCUCAGAAAUGUUGAUGGCCAAUGCAGUUUCACAGCUUGCUGCAAAGACUCCUGGUAAAGAAGCUGCAGCUAUGGAAGCUUUUGCAGCUGCAUUGAGACAGCUGCCCACCGUGAUAGCUGACAAUGCAGGGUAUGACAGUGCUGAUUUGGUGGCAAAACUUCGAGCGGCUCACACAGAAGGAAAGAAAACCUAUGGUUUGGACAUGACUCAGGGCAGUAUUGGGGACAUGGCUGAGAUGGGUAUCACUGAGUCCUACCAGGUCAAGAAACAAGUCCUGGCGUCAGCAGCAGAAGCAGCCGAAAUGAUUGUUAGGGUUGACAACAUCGUCAAAGCCGCUCCACGACCCAGGAGAGAUGACCACCCUCACCCAUAGAUGUUGUGCUAAAGAAGCGUUUAAAUUCCCCUUGACAGUGAUGGACUAAACUAUACUUGUUUGAGCACACGAUGAUUCUGUUUUUAAAUGGUGUCAGUUUGCGACAAUGCUGCAUCACCAUGUUGAAUGUGGGCACAAAUGCUCACUACUCGAAACGAACGGCAUGGAAAGAAGAGACAUUUUUAGUGGAUUGAGUUUCUUUAAUAUUAUUUCUCCUUCUGUGUGAAAGAUUCUUUUUUUACCAUAUAUGAAUCAUAUCACAACAUAACCAGCUCACUUUCAAAUUAGCAUGCUCCCUGGUUGCCUCUUCACAAAGCAAAAUAGAAUAUAAAGCAAUAAAAAAAAUAAAAGAAUAUU